AUGUCCAUUAAGAGACGACGGAUCCAGCGCAGCGAUCUGGAUUUUGCUGAGUCUACCGAGGAGGAGCCCAGUGCAUCGGUCGUGCCUUCGCUUCACAUUAGGCUCGAAAAGUUUGAUCCAUACGAGGCUGACGGUUUGCCUCAAUUCAUCGCUGUUGUGGGGCCUCCCAUGAAAUUUUUAGCGCUGAACGAUGCCAGGGGCGAGAUAGACGAGAACUGGAUUAUAAGAAGCUGUCCAAACCUAGAGGAGCUCGCGAUGUAUGGAGGAUACGGGGUGGAUAUGCGGCUUAACUUCAGCGAGCAUCACGCGAACGGCUUACCUCUGCCUGAUCUCACGUGCGACUGGCAUGAUGUUGCAGCUCUGUCAACCCAGUUUGGGGAUUCGAACAACCCACUGGCAAAGUGCGCGCGUCGAAUGCGAGUGCGUUUGGUGUAUCUACUGAAUGCAUGGAUGCUUCCCGACCGCCAAGACUUUGAUAAUCUUUUGAGUGGCCUUCUGCGAAUGCUCGAAGCAAACCAAACUCUGGAGUAUCUCGACAUCAUCACGCCACCUAUCAAACGUGCGUUCAUUCUCCCACUUGAGAGCAAAUUGGCGUUCCUGAGUGUGCUCACUCCUCGCCACAUGACUACCAAGACAAGCAAAACGCGGAAGCGUCGUGCUUUGCAAACAAUCCGAGGAUACUACCAGCUGGACCAGCACGUGCUCUCCAAGUUUUUGCAGUUCGCUGCACCUCGACUUUUGCGGGAGGUGUACCUUCAUGGUUCACACGAUGAUGGGCCGACGGGAGAGUUGUUUGACAUUCCCAUAUAG